UACGAAAAUUUAUAUAUUUUCUCAUUUUACAUUUCAGAUUUUAUGUAACGUAGGUUUUUUUUUUUUUUUCAUUUUCACUUUUCCCAGAAUAUCAAGUAUUGUAGCAGUUUAGGUGAUCCGGACAUAUUAAUGCGCGCACAAGCUACAAAGAAUGCGGAAGCGCUUAGUAAUGAAACUGAAUUGCGCACCACGCCUCUUCGCCUCUGCACGCUAGAAGCAGAACUGACAUGCUGGUUUCGCGGUAGUGGUGUGCGUCUGUAGCACUUUAAGCCAUGAUAAUUAAUCCUACGGCAAACUUUUUAACAUAAAAUUUACCUGAAAUUACAUCUUCUACUUACAAUAUAUUUUACAAAUUUUCUGAUAAAAACGCACGAAGAAAUAUAAAUUUAGCUUUAAUCGCUGCUAAAAUAAAUUGAUAUGAAACUCCGAAAAACAUUUCUACAGCUAUGUUAGUUGCUCAUAAAUGCUUUUGGUUAUUUAACAUGAAAUAUAAAUUUUAAUUACGAACAUGCUACUUCAUCGCCCGGAGCUCUGUCGGGUGUUUGACGACCCAGCACCGUGAUUAGUUCAUUGCAUAGUGCAAUGGAAAAAAAUGAAACCUGCUUGAGAAAUAAACUGACAUAUUUGUUAAAUAAGUAUUGAAAAUCAGUUGUGGUAAACCAAUUUCACAAAUAAAGUUAAAUUUACUUUAAUAUUAAACACAAAUAAAUGGUUGAAAUGCACUAUGAGCAUAUAAAAAAAUAUUAUUUGAAAAUUAUUUUACUACAAACACUGAUGAAACAAUCACUUCACGUAAAGAUGAAGAAAAUAGUUACGUCAAACACAAAAAAAAGGAAUAGCGUCUCAGAUGGGCUUGAUGUAUUAUUUCUUUUGAAGCUUUUGAGAGAAAUGUCCUUGGGACUAUUAGACCUAAUUUGGCUCGUUGUCUUGUCAAAGCGGCAAUUCUCUCCCCCUGCAGCUUUUAACUACUAGAAACAGUAAUUGUGUGUUCCAAACGGGAAAGAAAGUUAGCAGCCAAGCUGCCAAGCAGACGAAGCUAUCUCAUUUUCCUCCAGACAAGAAAUGAUGCGAAUGUGGUAUUUGAAACACCAUAUAAUACUUGUCACAACAUAUUUUCUAACAUGUGGAACAAGUGCCACAUCUCUUAAUUGUUCCGAUGCUGAAGUGACAUACAGAGACAUGAAUAUCUCUGGUAGCAACAACAAGACCGGAGUUUGGAAGACUACUCUUGGGAGCAUUAAGGUGGUGGUUGAACAUGAUGGGAAACCGCAGUUGAGAUCGCUGGAUACUGGAUAUUGGGAAGUUAAAAUCAAGGUCAGUUCAACAGUAUGUGGAAGACAAAAAUCUGAUAGAGAUGAAACACUUUUAAAAGAUACAUCAAUUGAACACACAACCUCAAGUGACUUGGAAAUACCGAUCAACGUUGGCAAUGUUGAUAUUCCACAGAGCAGCGCUCUUGAAACAAGUGAUGUCGAUGAAAUGCCAUUUCAAACUUCUGAGUUAACCAAUGAAAGGAGGGUGGUAAACAAUGCUUUUAAAUUGUUUGCCAGAAGCAAGGUGUAUUCAGGAGACGAAGAGGAGUCGAUCCACCCAGCAGAUGAUGACCGUGUGGUGGGUGCCGACAGUGGACACCAGGUUCAUCAGGAGAGGUCUGGAAGGAAGCUUCCAGGCGGCAACCAGCUACCAGAGAGGAGGACAAGGACAGGCGGACCGCAGGCGUGGUUCAGCAGCGGACGGAUGACGGGGUACCUGGACUACGGCCGUGCCGGGGUCAUCAGGCUGUCGGAGGUGUCUCUGCCGUGGAGGCUCGCCCGGGCCAGGUGCGAGCAGGAGGGCGCGCGCCUGGCCACAGUGGACUCCCCGGAGAAGGUCGCCGCGCUGCUGGACGUGUUCUCCAGGUUCCCCCGGGUCGCCGCGGGGGCCGCGCUCAAGAACCAGGUGUACGUCGGCCUCAACGACCUGGCCGAGGAGGGCGUCUUCACAGCCGCCACGGGUGAACUCUUCCGGCCGUGGAACACGAGUGUGUGGUUCCCUGGCGAGCCUGACAACGCAGAUGGAGAUGAAGACUGCGUGACUUUCCACACGCAGGGAAGACUCCGAGAUGUGCCAUGUCGUUUCAGCUUGCCUUUCUUCUGUGAGCUGGACGAAGAAACCACGCCCUAGCACCUUUUUUUUCCCCCUAUAAAUUUAUCCGUAGGCGUUCAUCUCAAUCCAAACCCACAUAUAACAUGGUCCAAACCAAAAAUAAAUAUCUGACACAUUCAUUUGGAUUCACAUCAUCCAUAGGCAAUGAGUGGAAGUAAAACAAGUAUAUCUCAAAAGCCAGCUUAUUUUUAAUCAACCAUUUGAGCAACUAUGACGUUGAAAUCCAUUUAACUCACAAUUAUAUAACUCGUUUCAGAAUUUUCUUGUGACAAACGAUUAAGAUGACUUUAAUUUUCAAAACCAAUUUUUAUAAUCGAGUAAACUUUUCUACGAGAGAUAAAUUACAGUAAUAGUGGCCUAUUAUAUGUUGGAAAAGUUCCUUCAGUUCACAUUUCUCUAUUUGAUUAUUCUUCAAAUAUACCAGAAAUAUUUGCUACAAAUAUUGAGACGUUUAAAGUACAAUUUUUUAAUACUUGAUUAUUUGUUUGGCAGAUUCAAAUUUUGACACACUUUUUUACAAUAUUUGUGUCAUUUAAUUUGGCCUGUUGUUUAAAUGAUGAUGCGCUAAUUAUUUUCUAUUCUUACAAUGUUUCCCAAUUAGUGCUGUUAGAAAAUACUCAAGUUAAAAAAAUAUCUAUAAACUUAAACCAUAAAAACUAAGCAGUGAAUUUCAGUUGAAAAUAUUUUUUUCUCUUAUAAACUUAAUGAACAAUAUCAGAUUUUCACAUUUGUCGUUUUUGCAGUUAACUUCACAACGUUUCAGAUUUCCAUAGUUUUCAGACGCAAACACCUUAUAUAUUAAAGACGAAUACUUGUGUUGUCAUUGAUAAAGGUUCUCUGCAAUGAAAUUCUGCUGCCCAUGUAAAUACAUUGUUUGUGUGAAUUGAAAUAUUUCACAAAAUUAUGUUAUCCAAAUAAAUAAGUGGACUAUACAUGCAUAUUUUUCUCAUGAAUAAAUAAUUUUAAAAAACUUUAAAAACUUGUCUACCAGAUAUUAUAAUUUGACAAACGAAAUUACGUACUUUCUGGGCAUCAAUUAUAAGGCUUGUGAAAUUAUAAUUCUCGCCAAUUCUGUCAAAGCUCUAUUUCAUGAUUGGAAUAUACAGCAUCUCAAUGGCAGCCUGAAUUUGAGGUUUAAUAAUUUCUUGACGGAGUUUUGGGAAUCGCUGAAGUAUAUUUUUAGCUUUUUUAAUUAAAGGAGCGAAUUUUUAAAGAUUUUAAUGAAAAUUAGCAUCGUUUCAUUAGUAAAGUGGCUGAAUUUAAGUAAUAGAAUGUUAACUUAUUUAUAAUUGAGAUUAACUCUUUAUUAUGAUUUUAUAUUUAUUAAAUGAUAGGUAACUGCCAAUUAUUGGUAUAAUCAAACAUUAUCAAGGCUUAAACAUUAAAUUUAUUUAUAGUUUGUUUGAUCUUAUCCUACACGUUGUUUAUAACAGCUUUUUGAGUAUCCACGGUGCCAAUAAAAUAAAAAUUACCAUACUAAGUGACAGGCUGACAUAUUAUUUUAAGUUUGUUCAAUGUUAUCUUAAAUGUUGCUUAUAAAAGAUUUUUUGGGUAUCCAAGAUGCCGAUAAAAUUAAAAUUACCAUAGCAAAUGACAAAGGGCUGACAUAUUAUAUAAAAAAUUGUCGAUCUUAUCCUAUAGCUUGCUUGUAAAAGCUUUUUGGAUAUCUGAUAUGUAAAUAGGAUAUUAUACUAAUUUUAAAGAUGUAAUAUUUAAACUAAUUUUUUAAUUUUGUAAUAAAAAUAUUAUUUUUGGUUGGCCUUGAAUAUUAAAUACUAGAAAUUUUAUAAACUAAAUUUUUUUUUGUUAUAAAAUUGUGUUGGCUUUGAAAAUUAACUAUUAGGCUUUUUAUAUACUAAGUGUUUUUUUUUCUUUGUAACUGUUAUAAAAAUAAAAUUAUUUGUUGGGCUUGAAUAUUAAUUACUAUGCAUUUUAUAUACUUAAGUUAUUUAUAAAUCUGCUAUAAGGGGUGAAAAAGGCUGAUUAGCUCGUCUUUCAUAAUUAAACGUAUACUGUCGCUAAAGUUAUUUUUUUAAAUCAAGCAUACAUCAUAUUUUUUAUUUUUUUUAUGUUAAGUGCGCAAAAAUUUUUUUAAUGUUGUCAAAAGUAUAAUUAGAGAGAUGGAAAGGAGUUAUACAGUUGUUUUUUUUUUUCGAAAUCAGAUAAGGACAGAUUUUUUUCUCUCUUAAAAAUGAAGUGGGUAAUUUUUCAUGAAGUGAUGCCAAAAUUUUACUUUUUAAUUUAAAAGGGGAAUAGGUAAAGAUAUAUUAUUUUUUUAGAAAUUAAAAUAUAGACAAUAAUUUUUCUCUUUUAUUAAAUGCCAAUUUGCAAAAACUCUUCUGGUAGUAACAAAAUCAUGCUUUGAAUUGUAAGAAAGUAGUAUGGGGUUGUUAAUUUCUGAAUAAAAUGUAAGCUAUUCUUCUUUUACUCUAAAAAUCAUGUGUGUAAAUUUGCAAAUUUAGUACCAAGAUUCUGCUCUAAGAGUUGCGAUAGUGUGAUAGUUUUCCAAAUUCUGUAGACAGAGAGAUGCGGGAAGUUUAUCUCAAAAUAAGACUAUCACAUGAAUUAUCCCAUCAUUUUGAAAGUGACGUCUGCCAAAUGUUAUUAAGUAGAACUAAAAUACGAUUUGAAGUGUGCUUUGGGAAAUUGCAGGUGGUCAUUUCCCGCUCAUUUCCGAUGUCAAUGAUGCAAAAUUUGGGCAAAUAUUUGAACUAUAGGUUAGAAUGUAAAAAAGAACAACGUGCAGUAUAGUAUUGUAAGUUUAUACCAUCUAUAAAUAUUCGUCAUUUAAAGGAGUUAAAGAAUAUAAUUGUGAAUUUAUUUUUAAAAGUUUUGUUUUUAAAACAUAUUUAUUUAGAACAAAAGAUUUUAAAUAAAUACAAAUAAUACGACAAUUUUUUUUAACCAUUUUGCAAGCUUCCGCCUCUAGAAGUGUAAAAGUCGUAAGUUCGGUUUCAUUAAAAAAUUGAUACUACCGAAUAAACCUUAAUUUAAAGUUUAGAAACUAAAUUUGAUCAUCAAGAAUAUAGAGUAUUAACAAUAAUUUUUUUUCCGGAUAUCAAUAUUAAGGGGGUAUGAAGGCCGUAAAUAUGUUAUUAUCAUUUACAAUUUAUAUAUCUUAAACAAAUGAAGCUGUGUGUAAGAAUAUGAGUACAAAUUACAUACAUAAGUAACUUUGCAUUUUUACGGACGUCAAAUGGUAAAAAAAGUGAGGUAAUUUUGUUUUGUUUAAAAUAUCAUAUUCCGAAGAAAAUCAUGGUAGAGGAAAGAAACUGAGCAAAAAUAAAAAAAAAGAAAUUAUCUACGCAGGGUGCUUUUUAAAUUUUUUCGAUAUUCAACCCAAAAUGUAGUGUAGUGUAGGUGAGUUUGUUUUUAUAUUAAUUAAUCAUAUCUACAACCAAAUUAAGCGGGAAGUAAGAAACUAAUCAAUAAUAUCGUACUUUAUAUAAUUUAAUAUAAUGGUUUUACAACUAUCGCUUUAUAUAUUUGACCAAAAAAUGGUAAAAGCGCGUUGAGUAAUUUUUUAAUAUACAGGUAACUCGCUAAAGCUAAAUAAGUGGGAUGUUAGUUAUAAGACAUUUUUAUAAAAAAUACAAAAUCUUCCAACUAUAUUUAGAACUUUUUUUAAAUUCGUUUUCAAACUGGGUGAAAGUAUUCCAAAUAUGGUUUUAAUAAUUAAAAAUAUCAACUUCUGAUCCACCAUAAAUGAGUUAUGAUAUUGGCAACGUUU